CUUGACGUAAACGCACAUACGUUAAUACGCUGAGCUAACGACUUCUGUGAUAUUUACUAGAGCUGGUUUGUAUUUAUUGUCUCGAGCUGGCUGCGUUUAUUCAGAAUAAAGUUUCUUAUGUAACUAGAGAAGUCAUUCUAGAAGAGGACAGAAAAGCCUAUUUUUCCUUAUUUUAAAAGUUCUAACCCCUGAGCUGAGAGCAUGCAGUGUGUACUGGUGAGUGCAGCGGGAACACGGCUACAACUGCCCCACGGUCGGGCCCUGAUUCUGGGUCGCGGUCCUGAGUCCGGAGUGAAGGAUAAAAAAUGUUCCAGACACCAGGUCAAACUUGUGGCUGACUAUGACAAGCAAGAGAUUCUUGUCACACAGCUUGGUCCGAACCCAUCUUCUGUGGAUGGGCAGGCUUUGGGUCGCGGUCAGUCUGGACGCCUGAGUUUAACCAGCACACUCUACCUUGUAAACCAGAGUUACCCCUUCACUGUGCAGUUUUCUGGCUCAGCUAACGGAGCCUCUUCAGCCUCUCGCCAGAGUAAGGGAAAACAAGCAGAUGAUAAGGAAAGUAAGCAGAAGGUCUUGGAUAGUAACGAUAAGAAGGUUCAGCCUAAGCGGAACAUCCAGGAUUUCUUUGUUUCUUCACCUAAAAAGUCAACAAAAAGAGCCCUUGAUUCCGAAGAUGACGCACCCGAAGCUAAACGCGGCCGCACUGAGAAAUCUGAUGAGGAUGAAGAGAACCUGAUGGAGGAGAAGCUCAGACAGCUGCAGCAGUUUGCAGAAGACAAAAGCACACGGCAAUCACCAUCAAAACCCUCAGCCGCUGCCCCGUCUGCCUGCGUAAACAGUCACUGGAAGCAGAUUGGUAAUCUCAUGCUCUACACCGCAGCAGGGGUCACUGGAAGCGCCAAGAUCGCAGGGUUUGAUAUUGAUGGCUGCAUUAUCACUACAAAGUCAGGGAAAGUCUUUCCCACCAGCCCCGAUGACUGGAAGAUCCUUUUCCCCGAGAUAAAACCCAAACUGACCACUCUGUUAAAAGAAGGGUUCAAGGUGGUGUUUUUUACCAAUCAGAUGGGAAUUGCUCGAGGCAAGCUCAGACCAGAGGUGUUCAAGUCUAAAGUUGAGGAUAUUCUUCAGACAUUGAAUGUGCCUGUGCAGGUGUUUGUCGCAGCAGGUCCAGGUAUUUACAGAAAGCCGGUCACAGGAAUGUGGGAACAUUUAUGUGAGCAGGCGAACGAUGGAAUAACUGUGGAUAAAUCCCAGUGUGUCUAUGUUGGAGAUGCAGCAGGCCGUCCUGUAAAUUGGGCUCCAGGGAAAAAGAAGAAGGACUUCUCCUGUAGUGACAGGCUGUUUGCUCUAAACAUUGGUCUGGAAUUUCACACUCCAGAGGAAUUCUUCCUGGGAUGGAAAGCUGCUCCGUUCAACAUGCCGUCAUUUGAUCCGAGGGAACUAGACCCAAAGGCACGUCUGUAUGACCCUCCUAAUGCCUCGCUGACUUCUACCAGCCAAGAAAUAAUUGUUGCUGUUGGAUUCCCUGGAUCUGGCAAAUCCACUUUUUUCCAAACCCACAUCAUUCCCAAGGGAUAUGUGUAUGUGAACAGGGACACACUGGGGUCAUGGCAGCACUGUGUGUCAGCGUGUGAACGUGCUCUGAAGGAAGGCCGAAGCGUAGCUGUGGACAACACUAAUCCUGACCUAGAGUCUCGAAAGCGGUAUGUAGACGUCAGUAAGAGUGCUGGAGUUCCCUGCCGAUGCUUUAACUUCACCACCUCUUUGGAGCAAGCCAAGCACAAUAACAGGUUCCGAGAGAUGGUUCCUUCAGCCACCAAGCACGCUCCCGUCAAUGACCUGGUCUUCCACAGCUACAAGAAGAAAUUUGCGGCUCCUACUCUAUCAGAAGGCUUCUCUGAAAUCCUGCAGAUUCACUUUGUUCCCAGUUUUACUGACAGUCGCUCUGAGGCGCUUUUCAGGCAGUUCUCAGAGGGUUGAACAGAGAACUCGACCACGGGAUGGACACGAACAUGAAAUGUGGAGGAGGAAAAAAAGACUCGCUAGCCACUAGACAAAGCUUCACUAGCCUUAGUUCCAGUACUGUUCUGUAAUAUAAUUUAUGAGUUCUUGAAUUCUGCUGUUUACUCCUUCUGAUGUAUGUGCAUCUUUCCCUCGUGUGUGUCUUUAUCAUUAUUUUAAUAAAUCAACAUCAUCAAGGAAGUUUUUUAGAGUGACGCAAUAUUGAGCGCUAAGUUUGGUUCGGUAUUGACACACAAUGAAUAUUGGUUUACAACGAAAUACAUUUGAUAUCUUUUACUAAUUCAUUAAGCAAAUAGAAAACCAUUCAAACAUGUUGUUUUUCUGUUCUUUUUCUGUUGUUUAAGAUUAUUUCCUUAGACUGAUUUGUACAAGUUUUUUCAUUACUGUACAAUACACUGAUUAAUGAGAAUGUGUAUUAGUUUGCACAACAGGUAUGAGAUAUGAUCAGUUAAGCAACAUGGAGCAUGAAACUGUUAAAAGGAAGACCGUUAAUAACAUCCCUGUUUUACAGUUUAACGAUUACAGAUAGCCUCUCAAAAAGUUUGAAAAUGUAGUCUCGGGACACAAAGUGGAGAAAAAAAAAAUCAGAUUUGUGAAAUAAAUCUUUAGG